AUGCCUGCUAAGUAUUUGCCGGGUGGCCAAAAAGCCAGUGAAGGGAUUAAUUUUGUUUCGGAAACUGACGAAAAAGGAUUUCCAAUUAUAAAAGUGGAAAGGGGUGAUUACGGAAAGAAGGUCGGCCAGUCAAUUCAUAGAGUUGUCAAACAGUUAGCCGACGAUGGACAUAAUCAUAUUCUCGAUGAAAAGAAGGAGAAAUACUUCGCGGAGACCGAACUUGAGGUCUAG